AUGUUCACUUUGAUUUUCCUCUUCUUAUAUCUGAAUGGUUCUCUUCCAGUGGUCAGUUUUACUCAUCCUAUGUGCUAUUGGAAAAUAAAGCAGAAUGAAGACAACAAUACAGACUGGCAGACAGGUUGUUCAUUCUGCCUUUCAGUUUCACCAGUGCUGGAAGGGACAGAGGAUAUCAAAUACCUUUCCUAUACACAGAAAGUGACUUUAAAACCAUCUGAAUACCAUAAAUUUGCAUUGGCCUUAGCUUUUGCCAUGGAUGAAGUCAACAGGAACACUGAGUUUUUACCCAAUAAGUCUUUAGUAUUAGACUUCCGAUUAUAUGGUUGUCUGCAUGAGUCAUACAUAUCCAGUCUCUUUGAAUAUAUUGAUGAAAAUGAUGAGAAUAGAAUCGCUAAUUAUGCGUGUGGUGAAGGGAAUGUAUGUGAUGUGAUGCUAACCGGAACAAACUGGAAAAUAUCUUCCAUAAUCGCGAAAUUCCAUGAUGUUUAUUAUCAUAAGCAGAUAAUCCACAUUACCUUUGGACCCUCCCAUCCUAUCCUGAAUGACCGUGAACAAUUUCCCAAUCUGUACCAGAUGUCUCCCAAUGACAUUUCUCUAGUCCCAGCCAUGGUCUCCCUCAUACUUCAUUUCAGCUGGAACUGGAUUGGGCUCGCCAUCUCAGACAAUGAUCAGGGUACACAAUUUCAUGCAUAUUUGAGAAGAGAAAUGGAAAAAAACACAAUCUGCUUUGCCUUUGUGAUUAUCAUCCCAGAAAAGAUGCAGCUAUUCAUGUCAAGAGCUGAAAUGUAUUAUAACCAAAUCAUGACAUCAUCCACAAAUGUUGCUAUCCUUUAUGGUGAUACAGACAGUACUCUCCUUGUGAGCAUAAAAAUGUGGGAAUCACUCGGCAUACAUAAAAUAUGGAUUACUACCUCACACUUGGAUGUAACCACAAGUGAGAAAGACCUCAGACUUGAUAAUGCUUAUGGGAUUCUAUCUUUUGACCAUCACCAUGCUGAGAUUUAUGGUUUUAAAAAUUUUGUUCAGACAUUGAACCCUCACCAAUACUCAGAGGAAAUCCUGCCAAGGCUGGAGUGGAUGAACAUUAACUGUGAAGUCUCAGCUUCUAAGUGUAAGACCCUGGAGAACUGCUCGUCCAAUGCCUCUUUGGAAUGGCUAAUGGUAGAGACUGUUGACAUGGCCUUUAGUGAUAGCACUUAUCACGUAUACGAUUCUGUAUAUACUGUGGCCCAUGCUUUCCAGGAGAUGAUUCUUCAGACAAUGGACAAUGGGAAAGGACCCCGUUCUAACUCCUUGAAGUUGUACUUGUUUCUUAGUAAAACUCACCUCAAUGAUCAUAUUAGGAGCAGAGUUUCUAUGAGCCAAAAAGAAAAACUGCAGCCAGAGUAUGACAUUUUCCAGAUUUGGAAUUUCCCCAAUGGCCUUGGAUUUAAGAUAAAGAUAGGAAAGUUUUGUCCAUAUUUUCCACGUGGUCAACAGCUCCAUUUAUAUGAAGACAUGAUAGAGUGGGCUACAGGAAGAAGACAGAUGCCGCUCUCCGUGUGCAGUGCUGAUUGUGGUCCUGGAUUCAGAAAAGUACAGCAGGAGGGAAUGGCACCCUGCUGUUUUGAUUGCAGCCAAUGCCCAGAAAAUGAAGUUUCUAAUGAGACAAAUGUAUAUCAGUGUGUGAUGUGUCCAGAAGACAUGUAUGCCAAUGCAGAUCACAGCCAGUGUUUUCACAAAGUUGUGGUAUUUCUGAACUAUGAAGAGCCCUUGGGGAUGACUCUAGCCUUAAUGGCCUUGUGCUUCUCCACAUUUACGUCUGUGGUACUUGGGGUCUUUGUGAAACAUCGUGAUACUCCCAUUGUGAAGGCCAAUAACCGUAAUCUCAGCUACACCUUGCUUAUCUCACUCAUCUUUUGUUUCCUGUGUCCCAUGCUCUUUAUAGGCCAUCCCAAUGUAGCUACAUGCAUCCUGCAGCAAAUCACUUUUGGACUGGUAUUCACGGUGGCCGUUUCCACUGUUUUGGCCAAAACAGUUACUGUGCUUAUGGCUUUCAAAGUCACAGCCCCUGGAAAAAGAAUGAGGUACUUCCUCAUUUCAGGGGCAGCCAAUUAUAUCAUUGUCAUUUGUACCCUCUUCCAAAUUUUCCUCUGUUUAAUCUGGCUUGGAUUUUCUCCUCCAUCUAUUGACACUGAUGCACACACUGAACAUGGCCAAAUCAUCAUCGUGUGUGACAAGGGAUCAGUCACAGCAUUCUACUGUGUCUUGGGAUACCAUGGCAUCCUUGCCUUUGGAACAUUCCUUUUGGCUUUCUUGGCAAGGAAUCUUCCUGACACAUUCAAUGAAGCCAAGUUUCUGACAUUCAGCAUGCUGUUGUUCUGCAGUGUCUGGAUCACUUUCCUCCCUGUCUACCAUAGCACCAAGGGCAAGGUCAUGGUGGCUGUGGAGGUCUUGUCUAUCUUGGCCUCCAGUGCAGGAUUGCUGGGAUGCAUCUUUGUCCCCAAGUGCUACAUAAUUUUGUUAAGACCAGAGAGAAAUUCUCUUCAAAAGUUAAAGGAGAAAACAUCUUUGUGA